AUGGCGCCGCGCCGCCCCACCGCGCCUGCGUGCCGCCCCGCCUCGAGCCCCGACCCACCCCGCUCCUCCCCGGCGGGAGGCGCAUGCGCGGGGAAAGGGGGCAUCACUCAGAGAUGUGUUGCUGUCGAGUACCACUUCUCCCAGCCAAUACACUUACAUAACAUCCUCAUCAACCUGACGAAGCUGAUCCAGCAGAACAAAUGGCAUCUGCUCCAUAUAUGAUCAGAACAGCCUGCUUUCCUGGGCAUGGCUGCAGCUGUUCUCUGCAGGUGCAUUGUGGCCACAGUCAGCUUCUUUUGGGAGAAAAGCCUCACCCAGCAUGUCACAGGUUGUCUGUUCCUGAUGACAGGUAAUGGUAAUGCUUCCAUAUUUUGCACUGUAUCUCUGUGCCCUUAUGCAGCCAGCAUUGCAUAUGACCUGAACUACUUCCCCAAGUUCAUCUAUAGCCUUCCUGAUGACACAGAACAUGGACACAGCUAGUCUGUAUUUUGUGCCUGGUGCAGUCGGGCAUUUAUAGUCGCAGGCAGGUGUCUUUGCACAGCUUACCCUUUCAUUAGCAGGAGCUGAAGUACACCAGAGACUCCUCUGUGUGACUGCUCACCCACUGCCAACACC